AUGAACAAGCGUCCGUACCCAGCGUCCCUGUCCCCCGACCUGCUGGACAACGCCCUCCAUGACCUCUCGCCCGAUCCCGACCAGACUGGCUCCGCCGCCGCCAAAAAGCCCCGGAACUUCAUAGCCACCGUGGCGUGUGAGAACUGCAGGCUCAAGAAGACCCGCUGUGACGAGUCGCGACCGAAAUGUGGCCUGUGCAAGUCUCUCGGUCUAGAUUGCGUCUAUAAUGAGCGCAAGACCUCCAAGCGGGACCAUUCUCUCAGCCUGAUUAUGAGUACGCUCCAUCGACUGGAAACCAAGCUUGAGGGUGUCCCCACGGCCAUCUCGAAUGAGAUUCAAUCUCUUCGGAGUCAGAUGCCGCAUGGCCUGAACACUCCCGAUGUGACGAGCUCUCACGCGCGUCGUCACCGCAGCAUCAGCAGACUGGGGAUGCAGGACUACUUCAGUUCCCAGAACCCCACGCCGGAAGCAACACGGCUAGACGACCUGGUGGAGCAUGAUGAGCAAGAGAGUCGUCCCAACCCAGCCGACUCCAAGGGCCUGGCGUCUAUCUCAUUCAGUCAGCACGGUGUAAUAUCCUGGCUAGGCGUGCAAGAACUCCUUCCGCAGAGACUUCUCGAAGCCCAUGACCAACUGGGGAAGAACUACGUGAUUGACUUGGAGAUGAACAGACCCCAGCUGCCAAUGUACAUCUGCCCGUUUCCUGCGCAGGCGGGAAGCAACUGGCUGGAGACACUGCCAUUGGCAAUGGUUAAGGGUCUCUCCGAUGUCUUCUUCACAACAUUUAAUCCAUUCACGCCGAUCAUCGACAGGAACUUCUACUUUGCCUUGACCCUCGGAGCGGCGAUCGAGAGCAAUUUUGGCUACACCAUCGAGAGCUGUGUGGUUCUGAAUAUUAUGGCCUUGGGCUGCAUCGCAGUUCAUGCCUACCAAGAAGGGAACUAUCCACUGCCAGGGACCAGGAGCGAUCGAUUCGAGCCUCCGGAAUGGAUGGGCGUUGUUUAUGAAGAAACCCCCGGGUUACGUUUCUUUAACGAGGCUCGCCAACGCAUUGGAUUCCUGAUGUGUGACAACGACGUCCAGAGCUGCCAGUUCUAUCUCCUGUCAUUUGUCUACUACAGCCAGAUCCUCCGCCCGAUGGAUUCAUGGGCCAUGAUCCAUCGCGCGGCUACAUGCUGUCUCUCCAUGCUCACCAAUCGUGACGUCCAUUUCGACGAAUGGGAAGGGGACAUGAAAUCCCGCGUCUACUGGAACUGCCUGAUGAACGAGACGAUUCUCGUGCAAGAGCUGCACGUUCCUCCCAGCGGACUCGCCCGACUCGAAGAAUACGUGCCCAUCCCCAAAUUCAUCAGCUUCGAAUUCGCCGCCUCGCGCUCGAUCUCGCUAGAAGAGAUCGACGACUCCUUUUUCCAAUACCAUUUCCUCGCGCAGGUCGCCCACCGUAUCAUCCUCACCCGCAUCCGACACUCCCUCUACUUCCACUCCGACUCGGGCACAUUCCCCCAUCCUGCCGUCAACGCCGAACUGCGCCACCAACUCGAGCAAUGGCGCAUCAACCUCCCCGCCGCCCUGCAAUUCUCCGACUCGCCCCCUCCCACCUCCACCACAGACAUCAACAACACCAACACCAACACCACCACCACCGACACAUCCGCCUCGCCAUCCCCCGCCGCUCGCCUCCCCUUCGACCCAACCCGCCACCCCUUAUCCCCCGCCAUCGCCGUCUCCGAAGCCAUGCUGCGAGGCCGCUACAUGAUCGCCAACUUCCACAUCGGCCGCCCCUACCUCUACAAGGCCCUCCACAUCCCCGCCUCCCUCACCGACAACGACCUCGACCAGAUCCGUCGCGGCCUGCUCAACGCCAUGAACUGGCCCAUCGUGCUGGGUAUCUUCCGGAGAAUGAAGAGCUGCAUUCCGCUCAAGUUUGCGUUUUGUUCGCAAUUCUUCGGCCAAAUCCUCCUCUUCUAUUGUAUUUCCCACUCGCCUGAUGCCCGCUUGCAGGAGACUUUGCCUGCGGGCUGGGAACAGUGGAAUCAGGAGAUGCUACGGUUUCUGGAGGACUGUGCGCAGUUUAGUCCGGCCGUGGCGAAGGAUUUGGAGCUUUUGCAGUCGUUGUGAUGGGUUGGGUUGAUAUAUUGUGGGCUGGGGUUCGCUGGAUAGAGAUGACUACGUGUCUCUCUGUGUCUCUCUGUCUGUAUUUAUGUAUGUAUGUAUGUAUUCAUAUAUGUAUGUAUGUCUGUCUGUGUGGGUGGAUGGGUGGGUAGGUGGGUGGAUGGAUGUAUGUAUGUAUGUGACAG